CUCGUGUGUGGGGUGAGGUGGGGGGAUGGGAGGCAGCAAGCAGCUGCGGAGCUCAGACCGCAGGCCACCAAGUCCAAGGGCAUGGCUCUCACCACAGUCCCGAGGAAGGUGGGGAUACUGGGCUACGGCCGCGUCGGACAGUCCCUGGUCUCCCACUUGCUGACUCAGGGACCAGAACUGGGCCUAGAACUUGUUUUUGUCUGGAAUCGUGACCCAGGACGAAUGGCGGGGAGUGUGCCCCCUACCCUUCAGCUCCAGAACCUUGCUGCCCUCGGGGAGAGGCACCCUGACCUUGUGGUGGAAGUGGCCCAUCCCAAAAUAAUCCACGAAUCUGGGGCAGAAAUCCUGCGCUAUGCCAAUCUCCUGGUGGGAUCCCCCUCAGCCCUAGCUGACCAGGCCACAGAGCGGCAGCUCCUGGAGGCCUCGCAUCGCUGGGGCCACGCUGUGUUCGUGGCCCGAGGGGCCCUCUGGGGCACUGAGGACAUCGCCAGAUUGGACGAAGCCGGGGGCCUCCAGAGCCUCCGUGUCACCAUGGCCACACACCCUGAUGGCUUCCGGCUCGAGGGACCCCUGGCUACCCACCGAGCACAGCCCGGGCCUCGCACUGUGCUCUAUGAAGGCCCUGUCCGUGGGCUCUGCCCCCUUGCCCCCCGAAACUCCAACACAAUGGCUGCCCGCUGCCCUGGCCGCCCCGGCCUGGGCUUCGACCGCGUGAUCGGGGUGCUUGUGGCCGAUUUCAGCCUCAAGGACAUGCAUGUGGUGGAUGUGGAGCUGAGCGGACCCCCGGGCCCCACAGGCCGAAGCUUUGCUGUGCACACCCACAGAGAGAACCCCACCGAGCCAGGCGCGGUCACCGGCUCUGCCACCAUCACCACCUUCUGGCGCAGCCUCCUGGGCUGCUGCCACCUUCCCUCCAAGCCGGGGAUCCAUCUCUGCUAAGAAGCCUCCUCCUUCCCAAGAGGACGUCCUCAUCUCAUUAUUUACCUCCCACCGUCACCGUCCCGCUGCUGCCUCAGUAUCCCCAGACCUCCCUCCUGUCUCAGUAAAUAUUGGAGGCUCUU